AUGGUUCGUGCUGAUUGUAAGGAUCUCCGUGAGAAUGGUCACACUGAUUCCGGUGUUUACCAGAUUUAUCCUAAUGAUAACGACCCCCGUCCACUCAGUGUGUACUGUGACAUGACCACAAUGGGAGGCGGAUGGACGGUUAUACAAAAACGAGUGGAUGGAUCCCUGAGCUUUAACAAGGACUGGGAGACUUAUAAGAUUGGUUUUGGUUCACCAGAACAGAAUGUUUGGAUCGGAAAUGACGUAAUUCAUCAGUUAACAAAGGGAAACAACUCGUCCCUUUAUGUCUCCAUCACUCUCCAGGAUGGUACAGGUCUGUAUGAGUUGUACGAAAAGUUCGCCAUUUCUAACGAAACAGAGAAUUAUAAACUAUUUCUGGCGGGACCUGCACGGGGAACAUUAGGUGACAGUAUGUUAACUACUGCAUAUUCCAACUUUCGGUUGUCUGGUAUGUACUUUACUACGUACGACAGAGAUAACGACAGGUACUCUGAUGGUAACUGUGCUACUAAGCAUAAAGGAGGCUGGUGGUUUAAUGGGUGCUACAACGCCUUCCUGAACGGGCUCUGGUCAACUACAGAUUGGGUUUGGCCUUGGACUCCUAAAAUUACGGAUGGGACAUCUGUGAAAGGCACGGUGAUGAUG